GCAGGAGGAGAAAGAGAGAGAGAGAGAGAGCAGAGAAGAAGAAGGCAAAGAAAGGAGAGGAAGGAGGGAGGGAGUUAUGCAAAGACGGAGGUCACUGGGUAACAGUUCUCUUCUGUCCUGGAGCAAGGAGCAGCCAGCAGCAUCUGAGUCUGGGAAACAAGUGGGAGACACAGGGGAAGGAGGCAGAGAAGAGCUCCAUCUCCUCCACAAGGCAUCAGAUAAGCCUGUUCCGCCUGCUCUCCUGCCCACACUUUGCUGUCACUUCUCUUGGCACCAGUGCCACUUUGUCGUUGCCCAGCAUCCUAGCCUCUUCGCCUAGCCUGUCUGCUGAUCCUGGGAGGGGAGCAUGGCUUCAUCUGCCAGUGGGAUGGAAGAAGUCCGCUCGUCGGUGCUCACCCCUCUCAAGCUGGUGGGACUUGUGUGCAUCUUCCUGGCCCUGUGUCUGGAUAUCGGAGCCGUUCUGAGCCCAGCCUGGGUGACGGCGGACAACCAGUACUACCUGUCCCUAUGGGAGUCUUGUAAGAAACUAGGCAACGAUUGGAAGUGCGAUACAACCCUGCAGAGUGAUUGGCAGAUCGCAACCCUUGCCUUACUACUUGGUGGUGCUGCCAUCAUACUUAUUGCAUUCCUUAUUGGCUUAGUUUCCAUCUGCGUGGGUUCCCGCAGGAGGUUCUACAGACCAGUGGCUGUCAUGCUGUUUGCUGCAGUGGUCCUCCAAGUAUGCGGUCUUGUGCUGUAUCCAAUCAAGUUCAUUGAAACUGUCACGCUAAAAAUAUACCAUGAAUUCAACUGGGGCUAUGGCUUAGCAUGGGGGGCAACAAUAUUUUCAUUUGGAGGUGCCAUACUUUACUGUUUGAACCCCAAGAACUACGAGGACUACUACUAGGUGACGGAGGAAAUAAUGAAACAAUAAAUUUACUCGAGUUUUUGUAUCUCCCUUUUCUAGAAGACAUGUGGAGCAUCAACCAGUCGGCUCAUUUGAUUUAAUCCCUCUUUGCCUUUUGGCUGCCAAUUAUAUAGUCAGCUUUACAUUCAUUCUAGAGAGAGAAAAAAAAACUGCAGAAAGAAGCUAAAAGGAUUGAAUGAGUGAAAUCAAUAACUUACUGCAAUUUGUUGUAAUAUUAAUGUUUGGUUAAAGAAACAUAAGCAAUGUAUGUACAAAUUGUAGAAAGAAAUGAAUUCGGAGACGGAUGUCCAUUUUUUCCUGGAAUGCAACAGAAAGAGAAUUCAAGAAUAAUUUGCCACUGUCAUACUGCUGAGGUCAUCAUUUUAUUGGACCAGGUUUUGAAGAAAACAAGUGCUGUUAAAUUACAUAUGGUGGAAUAAACUAAAAAUAAAACCCAUGAUGCAAGGCUUAUCUGAAAAAUGAAGAGUUCACUGGUUAACCGUAUGCAGCUUAGCCCCAUUUUUCACCAUCUGAAGGAACAUGCUUGUAAUUAGUGGCUGAAAUUCACCUUUGCACGGAGAAUAAAAAAUGCACAUCUGUUUUCCAUGAAAAUAAAAUAAAAAUAGAUUUAUGGGUUUAUUUUGAACUGUGAAUAUCAUAGCGAGAUUAAAGCUAAGCCUACAAGGAUAGCUAGAAAAUCAUUAACUUUUUAAGCAACUAUCUUUCAAGAAAGGUAUGUACUGUAGCUGUAGGAUUGUACAAUAUUUUAAUGUACUAUUUCCCAAGAGAAUAUUUGGAAUAUUUGGCUGUAUUCUAGAUCUAUGUGAAAUUAUGAAUUCCGUUAGAGCGUACUGCUUAUAAUGACCUGAAUUUCCAAUCUGUGCUUACAUGUGGAUGAGAAGACGAACCAUAUCUUAUCAUAUCAUUAAACCUUCGGAAUUAAUCAGUUUUAUGUUGAUACGUUGAUAUUCGGCUUAAUAUAGAUUGAUUGACAAACUACAAUUUAAAUAGAAAAUGCUGUUAAAAAUAUAUAGCUCCACAGUAUUUACUAGGGAUAACAGUUAUUUGCAAACAUGUGUUAGAUAUGAGUUAAAAAAAACUUUGGAGAAUUCCGAAGGACACUAUUGGCUCCUGCUUCUACCAUGCCUUCAUUGAAAAAUCAUGCAGCUGGAAUUUUAUAGCUUUUUUCUCCAUAUGGCUUAAAAGAUUGUCUCAUCAAGAUGACCCAUUUUUACAAAGAAGCAGGUUUGUCUGUAUGUCCUAUUUUAGAAAACCAUACCGAUCAAAAUAAUGUAACAUAUGUAUUUAAUAUUAAGCAUUUAAAUGAAUGGGAAUUUAUGCUAUAAGUGGACGGUCCUAAUCCACCCAAGUAAAGUUGUUCUUUUAUAAGUGGUAGUGGAAGACUGAGCACAGAAUCCCUAUCAGUAAUGUACUUAUUACUCAUAGAGAUGAGUAAUAAGAAAGUUCAGCUUUGCCAGUUCGCCAAAUUCAGUCAGAACCAGUAUACAAAAAGCUCUGGUUCUGACCAAACUAGAUUUGUCCCAACCUGUACUACACCAAUAGCCCUCUAUAACACUGUAAGGUCACCUAUGAGUGUAUCUGUGUAUUGCUGGGCUGUUUUUAAGGCAAAGUUUUAGUUUCACAACAUGUUUGGCUUUGGGUGAAUGGAUGGUACAUGGUAAUAACUAACAGGUUGAAUAAAAACACACUGCACUAGAACAUUUUUCAUACUUUUUAAAAUGUAUGUCCAAAAAUUAUCCCUCUUUGGAGGCAGAUGCCUGCCUGUGUUUAUAUGUACACUGAGGCAUCGAACAGAAGAAAUUAAUUAUUUGAUAGAGUUUGCUCAUUUCUAAUUAACUAGUAUGUUAUAUUGAAAGUGCGUUCUCCUAUUUGCAGGAUUGGGAAUAAGUAUCUAAUUGCAAGGGGUGGGGUUGGUUGGGUGGUCUGUGGGGAGGGGGGUUAGGGGAGCGCUGAGAUAUUACAUAAGCGAGGAUCUUGGGAAUCUCAGGCUCUCGCAAAUAGAAUGCAUGGAGCUCCAGUACAGAGAGAGACAGGGCCCAAGAGAAUGCAUGGAGCUCCAGUACAGAGAGAGACAGGGCCCAAGAGAAUGCAUGGAGCUCCAGUACAGAGAGAGACAGGGCCCAAGAGAAUGCAUGGAGCUCCAGUACAGUGAGAGACAGGGCCCAAGAGAAUGCAUGGAGCUCCAGUACAGAGAGACAGGGCCCAAGAGAAUGCAAGGAGCUCCAGCAGAGAGAAAUGGGGCCCCGUUCUGGAGAAACAACUGAUUUCUAAUAAUAAUUGGACAUUGCCACAUAUGAAACUCAAAAUUACUAUUAUUUGUGGCUACAUCAUUCCAAUAACUCAUGAAAACACAAAUGAUGUUUUCAGGAUUAUUUACAGUAGGUAGAAACACUGCGUUGGAGAAUACAAUUCACUAACAGUGUUAAACCUUACAUAUUUUGUAAAACAUAUUGGGGGACAUAUUCAAAGACUUUAGUGCAGUUUUAUUAGCACCACAAGCAUUGCUAUUUGCUCCAGAUUCUUUAUAGUGGUGCCUGCAGAUUUCAAAAUCUGGAGCACAUUUGUCCUGCAUUAAAAACCUGUGGUAAACACACCAUUUUUCUAGUUUACCAUUGGUCACUACUAAUAAGUGAAAGAAGAUGGUGGAAUUGUCACAAAGUACCCAGCUUGAUGUCUUGGCGCCCUUACAUAUGGCAGAGAUGCUUAAAAAAAUUUAGGUAGCCACUUUCUCAGCAACAGCCCAAACUUAUAAGGGUAAUAUAAAAACGAGAAAAAAAAAAAAACAACAAGAGGUGCGCCCCUAGUGAGGACCGUUUGAUGAUAAAUGAAGGUGUAAUGUAAAGAUGGGUUCUUACCCCUAGAUGUUGCGCUUAGAGCACAACACCUAUAGUAGCGUGGAAAUCAAGGGAAACCGCUGCCACGAGGAACCACCCGGUUUGACGGCCGUCAGUCCGGUAAUAAGCAAUGGGAAGAAAUACCCGGAUAGAUUCCUCUUAAGAAGGCGCUGGUACCCAGGGAUGGAGAUAACUUCUUUAUUGGCAACGCGUUUCGAUGCCUGACGAAGAUCCCGGUUCGGGAUCGAAACGCGUUGCCAAUAAAGAAGUUAUCUCCAUCCCUUGGUACCAGCGCCUUCUUAAGAGGAAUCUAUUCACGUAUUUCUACCCAAACUUAUAAGGGGACAUGCCUCUUAAUAACCCUGUGUUUUACUAAUGUUAUCCCUAUAUUUAUGUGCCCAUCAGGGACUAUUAGAAAUCAAUUAAUUAUAAACACUUUCAAUGCUAUGCCAGUGCAUAACAUUAUUGAUUGUUGUUUUUGGCACUAUGUGUACACAGCCUACAGAGAAAGUCUGCAUAGUCAGAGCAGUAAUCAGAUGCAAGGGAGGAGAGUAUGUGACCUUACUAUUUCAGGUUAGUUGCUUGGGAGCCUGAAAUGGUGCUAUGGAAGUCCAGAACAGUCCCUCUAUCCGACUGAAAACAUUAUUGUAACAGUUUUAUCUUAUUAAGGAAUAUGAAUUGUCAAUAACCAAUAUAUAUAUAUAUAUAUAUAUAUAUAUAUAUAUAUAUAUAUAUAUAUAUAUUGCAGAAAAAAGAGUGGCACUGUGUGGGAUUUCAAUCCCAGGAUCCAGCCGGGUGCUCAGUCCUAUCAAAGACUUGACCAUAAAGUCCCAAGCUGUAAAAUGGUUUUAUUCACCCAAAAGUGAAAAGCGACGUUUCAACCUCCUCAAUGAGGUCUUUUUCAAGCAUGAAAAAGACCUAAUUGAGUAGGUUGAAAUUUAGCUUUUCACUUUGGGUGAAUAAAACCAUUUUUUCAUUGGAUCGCUGGAGUGCCGCCCUAUUCUUUUGGAAAUAUAUAUGUAUAUAUAUAUAUAUAUAUAUAUAUAUAUAUAUAUAUAUAUAUUAUUUUGACUAUUUGUGUGGAAAAUAAAGAAUGCAUAGGCUUUUUGAUUAAAAAAAUAUUAAAGUAAAAAACAAAAAAUUUUAUAUAGCAAGACACUGUUCAAGGAUGGCACAGUUAACACACAGAUAAAACUCUGGUUACACCUGAGACACCUUUAUGCACCAUAAAGUAGAGAUAAACCUUUGAAUAUCUAGGGUAAGAUGCAAACACAAGGCCAUGUCCCUUUUAAAAAACAUUGUUAAGCAAGGUGUGACUAAAAAAUAUGAAUAUGUAGAGCUAACAAUGUGUGCCACAUUUUAUACGGUGCAGCUAAAGCAAAAAAAAAAAUGGACCUAAAUUCUUUGAGUAUCCCCCCCCAUUGUUUUUCUCCCAUAUAUAGUAUUAUAUUUGCCCCCCAAUAAAUAAGCACACAAUAUUUUUGAUACUUUGGUCAUGCUGUUAUACAGUGUGCAUUCGUAAUGAAAUUCAAAGAUUACAGAAAUAAUUAUAGAUUAAGUAAGAGAUGAAGCACAUAAAUCUGCCUCUAGUUUCCUACAAUUAGCUUUUAUUUUCAUGCCAAUAAAUGCAUAUAUAAAAAAUACUAUAUCAAGUGUAUAGGACUAUAAAAAAAAAAAGCCAAAUGCUGCAAUAUUUGGUUGUGUUUAUUUUUUGUGAAGAAUGUUUAGGGAAAGUAUACUAAAUAAUAAAUUUAGACAAAAAAAAACUAUAAAGUCAAUAUACAUUUUUGUCUACUUUGUAUAACCUCAAACUUAUUUUCCAACGUGAAAGGAAAAGAAAUAUAGACUAUAGCAUGGCAUUCACAUAAGGGAGAAUGUCAUCAAAUUCUAAAAAAAUGUUGUCCAUUUACUUUGUGUAUUGGACCACACAACUUACAUUUUCAUACUAUAAAUAUAUAUAGAUAUAUUAUUAGCCCUUUUAUGUAAAUACAAUUGGCACAUUAUGAAAAUCCCCUCUCCGAAAGAAGUCGCCCAAUGCCUAAUUGCCGCAGGUCUUGCUUCUCUGAACCCCUAAUAUGGAUCCAUGUAUGUGGAAUAUGUACAAAGAAAUCCACAUUCUAUAAAAGGGUUAAUAAUUUGCUAAGAAAGACUUUAAAAGUGUACUCCAGAAUCCUGAAAAUGUUCACCUGUUUCUGAGGGAGGGGUGAUAAUAAAAAAAACUAAACUAAAUUAUACUCAUCUACCCCUUUCUCUGCAGUCGAUGUUUUAGUGACUCCCAGUUAACCCGCUUAACUCUGCUUGUUGCUACUUGUUGUUGAGUCUUCUCAGUAAGAUCUGCCCACUCAAUCAAUAACUGACUGGUGAGGUGGAAUUGAGGUGGUGCAUCAUUGUGGCGGCCGAUUGGCUGAUCGGGCAGGUCCCGGUGAAAAGACUCAUUUCAAGGGUAGCAAAAAUCAGUGAUGACCAGGGGGUCAUAAUUCACUGGAAUGGGAGUUACUGGGGAACUGAGAUAGGUGAGUAACAUUUUUUAUUUUUUUUUACCAUGCACCAGCUACAUGUGAAACAUUUUAGGAUGCUGGAAUACCCCUUUAAAGUAAAUGUAUGUUUCCAAAAAUUUAGCAAUAAUGUUUCAUACACAAUAAUCAAUUCCUAAAAUUUUAAUAUACAUUACCCAUUAUAUGUUUUAACCUAUAUUUGUCAUGCUAGUAUUACCGUAAAAAAGCACUUUAGAGAAGGAAAAUGUUAUAGAAAUAAAUCUUUAGUUAUGAACUGCUUUAAGAAAUCUAUAGAUAUGGGACAAGUACAUAAUAUGAGAUAAAACAAAGGAAAUAACUCUUACUACAAGAUAUAUGGAGGAAUUAUGACCCAUUUCCAAGAAUGCUGAAAAAAUAUAUUGCAAUUCUGAGUGUUGUAAGUGUAAAAGGGUUGUAAAGAUGAUAAAUAGGUGUAAAACGUGUCAGAUCCUUAGAAAGUAGCAAAAAUAUUACAUACUUCAGCUUGUUUCUCCAUUGCUUUCCUUACUUUACUAUUAUAGCUCCACAAUUAUUAUAUUAAACAAUGUUAAAUUAAAUGAACCAUGGUCAAUUUACCUCACAUCUGGGUAACAUACUAUAUUUUUAUAUGUUCUUAUUGCAAUCAUCUUCUUCGCGUUGUUUAUUUACAUAGGCUUGUUUUCUUUUCCUCCUUGCUUCUUACUGUCCUACAGCUAUUUUCAACUCCAUUACACAAGAGAAUAAAGAGCUAUUAUGAAUAACUCAAAAUUUUACCAGAGAUAAAAUCGUAAAACAUUUUGUUAUUAACAUUUCACAGCAUCAUUCACUUAAAUGCUUAUAGCACUACUGUGUACCAUUUUUUUUAUAAAAAAUAUUUAUAAAUUAUUCAUGAUAUCUUGUACAUUUACUUAGUUUUUCAAGUAAUAUGGUACUUAAACAGAUUAUGAACUAAAGCUAGUUUGUUUUUUUAAACUUUAUUUUAAUCUACGUGAUAGAGAGACAAAAAUGAGGGAUGAUAGUUAUUUUGAAAAGUAGUAACUGUUGCUUUAAAUUGAAGAAAUCUAGAUAGGAUGCAAAAAAGGGUGAGGCUGAAGCCUCCUUGUAACUACUGUUGUAUCUUGACCAUUCUGUCACUGUAUAUGCUACAUUAGAUUAGCCAAAUGCUUUGUUGUAACUUUUCCAGUUGGUAUGUUUAUCAGUCUUGUUUUGGAAUUAAUAAAUUAUAUUUUUUAGCAGUUAAAACCAAUCAGAUUCUUCAUUAGUUUUAUACAGUAAAUGCAAAUUGUCAUGAGAAUGCCAUCAGGGCUCCAUUAAUAAUUCCAAAUUCUAUGGCAUAACACAUGUUUAUGUGCCAGCAUUGCAUACCCUGCUUCAAACUCUUGCACAACUAUGUUAACCUUUUUUGUAAGUACAAAUAAAAAAAUAUAGAGAGAAUUAUGUGUUAAAAACUGAUAUAUAUAUAUACGGAAUAGCAUGUGACUGUAUAAUAUUAAACAUGCAAUGAACUGACUGGUAAGUGAAGUCCGAUCUUAUAGCUAGCAAUGUAAUUUAUUCAGACUGUAUUUUUGUACAGAACAGUACACACUAACCUAUUGCCUCUGUGUUCUUUUAAUGCCUAAUACUGUGCCUAGAGAUUUCAUUUCUGUCUAUAAAAUAAAAUAUAUUUCAAGCUGUU